GGGUUAGGCUGUCCAGAAGCUUGAAUAUGAGAGCUACAGUAAAGAAGGAAAUAUAUCCAUGAAAACAUUGCACUUAUUUUGCUCUGACAUCCUUUACAUGAUAGAUUGCGCAUCCUUAGAAACAACAGGAGAAUGAAUAAACUUAAAGAGAUUAAACCUGGAUUACCUUUACAAAUGUCUAGUCACGCCCUUAAUUCAUGUAUAAAGGUCUGAGGAGGAUAUGAUACAAGAUCCAAAAACUUCAGCUGCUACCAGGCUCACUGAGCAAAGUAAAACAUCUUGUGACAGAGAAAAUACUAGUUGUGCCACACCUCAGUCCGAGGAUGACUCUGGGAAUGAAAACAAACAGAAGAAUGUGCCACAGAAAAGAAGAAAAAGAGCACAGACCACUCCUAAAAGUAGUAAAGGUCAAAACACCAAAGCAGAUCGGGGCAGUGGAAGCCGAGCAGGGGGUAGCCGUGACAAACAAGAUGAUGGGGAGGCGGUGACCCUCUUUGAGGUGAUAAGCAUGGGCCGCAGUGCCAUGAAGGCUGUGAUAGACGACUGGAUUGAAGCCUAUGAAAAGGAAAGAGACCCCUCCAUUUUGGAUCUAAUUAGUUUCUUUAUUCAGUGCUGUGGCUGUAAAGGUAUGGUCACUGCAGAAAUGUGUACGAGUAAAGAUGGCAGCAACAUCAAGAGCAAAAUGGUGGAACAACUAGAUGAGGCCUCUGGUCUUCAGGUUAAGAGAUUUUUGGCUUUUCCGUGGAUACUUACAGUUACGUGGCCGUUGGAUGGGGAUGUGGAGUAUCCUCUGGUGCAGUCGGGGCCGUGCGGGCGCUGGUUCCACUCGGAGCUGUGCGACUUCAUGUCUGUGCUGGUGACUCAGUUUCAGCACAGUGUCCUUUUCGACAGUUACCUGAUGAACGCCAUCCUCUCUCUGCUCACGGCGCUGUCUGACUCCUUUGUGCGGGCUUUCAGACACACAUGUACACUGGCUGCUGUGAAGCUGCUCACUUCCCUGGUGCAUGUUGCUCUGAGCCUCAGUGUGGGCAUAGAGAACAGUCAGAAGUUGUGUGCUGUGCAAAAGUCUAAGACUGCAAGACAGAAAAACUCUCCACAAAUUAAAGGCAUACAAAAGAAAAUAACUCAGCUUGAAGAAAAAAGGUCCGAGGUGGAGAGUAUGAUGAAUGCCAUCUUUAAAGGAGUAUUUCUUAAGCGUUAUCGUGACGUGCUUCCAGAAAUCCGUUCGAUUUGCAUGGAGGAAUUGGGUGCAUGGAUGAAGAACUACCAUACUCUUUUUCUCAAUGAUAGUUACCUCAAGUACAUGGGCUGGAUGAUGCAUGACAAGAAUUCAGAUGUUCGGAUCAAGUGCGUAUUGGGUCUGCAGGAGUUAUAUGGGGAUCCUACACUCUUUCCUAAACUAAAUCUGUUCACCAGCCGCUUCAAAGAGCGGAUGAUCUCCUUGACUCUGGAUAAGGACAAUGAAGUGGCACUGCAAAGUAUGAAAUUACUGGUUCUCAUGUCCAAUAAACCAGGGGGUGCGUUCAGUCCAAGCGAAUACAGGCAGCUGUUCCAGUUUGUUUACUCUUCACAGCGCCCCCUAGCUGCUGCUGCAGGACAGCUUCUGUAUUUAAGGCUUCUAAACACCUCAUCAAACACUCAGGAUGGGACAAAUGCAGAGGAAGCUCACAAACAAGAAAUAUUUGUAAAAUUAAAAGCACUACUUGACUUUUAUCAGGAGUCUAAGCUGCACCAGCAUGUUCCUUACCUCGUGGACAGUCUUUACUGUUCCAGUGCUCUGUUGAAGGACUGGCCCACAAUCACUUCCAUACUACUGCAAGAACCAUCCUUAUGUCCAGGGUUAAAGGAUUCAGAGGAAAUUGUCCUGGUAGAGAUCCUGGUGGCUUCUGUGCGUCAGGCAUCAGAGGGCCCGGGACUAGUAGGAAGGAGUGGAGUCAAGAAGGUGGCGAGUAUCAAAGAAAAAAGGACACAAGUUGAUGACUGUACCAAACUCACUGAACAUUUUCUGGAGGUGCUUCCCAAGUUACUCAAAAAGUUUUUACAAUGCGAAGAUGUUGUUGCAUUACUUCUGAAGAUUCCUCAAUUCUUCCUUGCUGACUUCUCAUUGGCUGAAAAAGAUCAGUUGCUGUCAGACCUGUUGUCAGCGAUGAGAGCUGUUUUAGACGUACACUGUGGUGCUGAUGUUCUAGAGGCUGCAGCUCGCUCCUACCUCAGUCUGUGUGAAGACGAGACAUCCUGGUGCUCUACUGCCCAAACUGCCAGAGAUGAAAUGGUCCAAAAUUGGGUGAACCAACUAAGGGUACUACUUGAACAUGCAGUAAAGGAGGAUACUUUCACAGCAGAUAGUAAAAAAAUGGAAGAACUUUUAUCCACAAUUAAGAGAGUCAGAGCUUUUCACAAUUGUCAUGACUUGUCAAACUGGAAUCUGUUUGAGCUUGUGUUACCUCUCAUGUCUAUCGAUCAGACUGGACUGCCACCUCAGGUGCUUUUGGAAGUUUUGCAGUGUCUUUGUUACGCUAUGCUCUGGUCACUUAAUACAAGUAGUGAGACCCUAACCUCCAAGGAGAAGGCAUUGGCCCAGAGACUACAUCUACGUCAGUUUUGUGAAAGUAGUCAGCGAUGUCUCUCCCACAGUGAGGAUGCAGUGAGGCAGCAGGCUUUUCUGGGCAUCUGUGAUGUCCUGACGGCUCAUUCGUACCAGUCAAAUAUAUGGAAUCCAACCUGCUAUGGUCCUUUACUCUACACUCCCAGCCCCAAACUGCAGAGGGCGCUGUUGACCUUUCUUUGCAGCCAUAUCUUUGUUAUGCCAGAGAGUGACAGUCAAAGUACAGACACUGAGGACUCUGAAGUUGAAAAGCUGGAGGACCUUCAUAAACGGAGAAACCUGCUGGCAGCGUUCUGCAAACUCAUAGUGCAUGGGAUCCUGGAGAUGAGCAUGGCUGCAGAGGUCUUUAUGUGCUAUGUCAAGUUUUAUAAUGACUAUGGAGACAUCAUCAAGGAGACACUGUGCAGAACUAGACAAACUGAUAAGACUGAGAGCACUCGGACGCUGGUCAUGUCUCUGCAGACGCUGUUUGUGCGCUUAAAGCAGGAGCAGGAGCAGGAGCAGGAGAGUGGAAGCAGGCUACACCCUGGGGUCCAAACCUUCACCAGUAUAAAAGAGCUGGCCCGCCGCUUCGCCAUGACCUUUGGGGACCUCAUGAAGUUUCGUGAAUGCAUCGUCAUGAUCCACAGGAGUGGAAUAGACUUUGUGUUUCAAGGGUUCAAGCAGAUCCCAGAUACACAAACACCAGUGAAUCUCUCCUACCUGACCAUCCUCAGUGAAUUCUCCUGUAAACUGCUCAAACCUGACAAAAAGACGAUGUUGUGUUACCUGCAGAAGCACACAGCUGAGCACAUUAUUGACCUCAGGGAGGAGUGCUGGCAGCCGCUGGGGCACUACCGCACAUCACUAUUGGCAGCAGCAGAAGGGGAGGAUGCCUUGUCCCACGCUAGCUCUGACAGGAGAGUGCAACCACGCUCAAGCUGUGCUAAAUCUAAACUAGAAGGAAAAAAGUCUACAUGUCCCAUCAGUUCAAAUGAAAUUAGUAAAACUCCUAGUAAAGCUCAAAGACUCAGAUUUAGUCCAAGCACUCCUGUUGCAGACAUGGAUCGUUCCUUUGUGUCUGUGGAUCCAGUGAGACGACUGAACUUUGACACGCCUGUGCUCAGCACUGACCCUGAGGCCCAAGAGGAAACCGUGGACGUGGAACUAUAACAUUUUGAUAUUUUUAAGAUUGGACUAUUUUAAUUGUUUUUAUUUUGCACCUUAUAACAGGUUUUUUUAAGUGAGAUUUUUGUAAGACGCUACAGGUCAUUGUGUUUGUAAAAGAAUAUUAUUUUUAUAGGGGAAACAUGGUGUUUUAUGUCACUUGUUCAUGGAAAAUACAGUUUUGGAUUCCCUUUUUAAAUCUUCCACUGAUGGAACAUAGAGCUAUUUGAAGCCAGCAAUUAUAUGGACACAUUUUGAUCACAUUGAUUAUACAUGCACUACAUAGUCAAGUGUUGUAGGGCUAUUGCCAUAUAGUAUGCAACAUCCUUACAUGUAAAGUGCCAAAACUUGGUUAAUUUUUAAAGAAAAGAGGGAAGUUUUAAGGAUGAAGGGUGCACAAAUACAUUAUUGGAUUAGUUUUUUUAUAUAGUUUUAAACACUUGCAGAAAUAUACAACUGACCAGUUAAAAAAAAAAAAAAAUCAUGGCACUUUUUCAAAUUCAUUCUCUCCUUUCUAUUUCUAUUUCUAUUCUAAUGCUUCUACGUUGAUCACUGUCUUUGUAGCAUUAUUAAUUGCACAAGCCUAAGUUUCCUGCCUGACACUUUAAUAUCAUGUAUUACCAGUAUUAAAUUGAGCUUUAUGCUAAA